GAUGACGUGGGUGUUUACGUUGUCCUACUUCCGUAGCUCUUUGGUAGCGAAGAGGCGGCUUUUCUAACCCGAUCCUAAAUUCCAAAUUUGACAGGACACCGGCGGCCAUGUUAACUAUCAUUAAUCCUUUAUUCAGAGAUGUUUAAAAUAUCCAUCUUUAAGCUUUUGAACGUCUUAUAUCGGAACUGCCUCGCUUGUUGUCCUCAUUAGUCACAAACUAAGCUAACGCUAGUGAUAACUUAGCAGCGAGUCAGUCAGUGUACCAAAUUUCCUCCACCAUCGGCUGAUCUGCACUGAUUGUCAUUAGACCUCAAGCAAGGCAGUCAUGGCCACUCGGCGUCUGACAGAUGCCUUCUUGUUAAUGCGGAACAAUGCAAUCCAAAAUCGGAACAUAUUGGCUGAGCAAGUGAGUACAUACGAGCCCCGUCUGAGUACACGUAGCAAUGCUGCGGAGCUUGACGAGUUGGCUGAUGAUCGGAUGGCUCUGGUUUCCGGGAUCAGUCUGGAUCCUGAAGCUGCCAUCGGAGUCACAAAAAAACUGCCCCCCAAAUGGGUGGAUGGUGUUGAUGAGAUUCAGUAUGAAAUCACUCGGAUUCAGCAGAAGAUGAAGGACCUGGCUUUGCUCCAUGAUAAGCACAUGAACCGUCCCACGCUAGACGACAGCAGUGAAGAGGAACACGCCAUAGAAAUAACGACUCAAGAGAUCACACAGAUGUUCCAUCGAUGCCAGCGAGCAGUGACGGGCUUACAGUCCCGCUGUGGUCACUGCACUGAGCAGGAGGAGAGGCUCCUGAGGAACGUGGUGUCCUCUCUGGCUCAGAGCCUUCAGGACCUCUCCACCAACUUUAGACACACACAGUCCAGCUACCUAAAACGUAUGAAGAAUCGUGAGGAGAGAUCAAAGCACUUUUUUGACUCAGGACCUUUAAUGGAAGAGGAUGAAGAUUUAGCCCUUUAUGACAAGGGCUUCACAGACGAUCAGUUGAUGCUGGUGGAGCAGAACACGGUUCUGGUUGAAGAACGAGAGCGGGAGAUUCGACAAAUAGUUCAGUCCAUCUCGGAUCUGAAUGAAAUCUUCCGGGACCUGGCAGGAAUGGUGGUGGAGCAGGGAACUGUUCUAGAUAGAAUUGACUUCAAUGUGGAACAGGCUUGUGUUAAAACAGAGGAUGGACUGAAACAGUUACAAAAGGCGGAACAGUAUCAGAAGAAAAACAGGAAGAUGCUGGUCAUUUUGAUCCUUUUUGUCAUAGUUAUUGUUCUAAUUAUUAUUCUUUUUGGAACAAAGUUUUAGCAAUCCAUUCCUCUGGCUCUUUUCUGGUUGUUGUGCAUCUGUGUCGCCCUGGACUCAAUUUUAACGCAGGAAAAGUGGUCUGCCGUCGGAAGGAAACACAACUUCAAAUUUAUGCUGUGACACUCGCAGGUGUUGUGUAAACUUUGGGGACGUUUCUUUGCUUGCUUUUUAAUCAAAAAAAAAAGUCUGAGUUGUUGCUUUUUUUUUUUUUUAAAUCAAGUGACAGCCCAGAUUUUCACAGACGUCCGUUCGGCCCCUGACUGCGUUGACUUCGCCUUGUCUUAUAGAAAAAACAUUAGGUGUGUGAAAAUGCACUACCAGUGUUGAACAGCUGCUUAAACUCAAUGCUGUAUUUACACUCAUCAAUCAUUGAGACGUCUGUUUGCAAGAACUAACAUUAUUUGUGAAAAACACUUUUUUUUUUUUCCCUUUCUAUUAGUAUUUUACACUGAAGUUUGCAAGAUUGUUUUAGAACUGAACUGAGUCCCAUUAGUAUUGUCUUUAGGACCAAUAUCUUAAAAAAAGAGAAUAUUUAAGGGCCAAGUGUUUUAUUUAAGUUAGACUUUAUUGUUUAACAAGUUAGUCUGCUGUUUGUCCAUAAAUGGGUUCCAUAGAAACGACCUUAUUCCAUACCGUCUUGCAAAUUUGAUUUCAGUCCUCGAACACUUUUGCGACCCUUUCUUAAAUGUUUUCUCUGGUCCUUGCAUAAAGUGCUUCUUUUCUUUAUACUCUUGCAGUUUGCACAUAUUUAGACCUACAAGGAAAUAUAACAUGUUAUGGACGUUAUCCUUCUGUCAUGUGAAUGACAAUUAAAAUAAUUUAUUUUCUGAUAUCAUAUAAUUUUUUGCGGUUUUCUGUCAGAUUUACUGAAUAUUAAGUAGCGUGUCUGUGUGUUUUUAUGAACCUGAAGAUUAUGAUUCACUCCAGUGAACUGAACUGUGAUGUAGUAACUACAAAUGCAGCCUCUUAUAAUUUACCAUUGUUUGGAAGACAUAUUUGCUUUGUGAUCUGUUGACAUUUAUUGACCUGUUAUGCGUUUUUGAAGACUGAUCACGUGAAGAAAAGCUUUACUGUCUGUUCUGGGUCCUGUUGAAUUUUUUUUUUAUUUCUUUUCUCGUUGUAAAGGUUUUUUUUUUUUAAGCAACAGUUUGAAUGUCUUAUGGUACUUAAACAUUUGUCUUGGUUUUGAAAGCAAAAUAAAAGAGCAAAAAUGUUACCUUUUUAUAAAUAAAUUGUUAAAAUAACA